AGCUGACUGGUCUCCCAGCAACAGCACAGUGUAAAUAUCUGUUUCCUCUGUUGGCUAUAGGAGCAUGAGAGAGAGAGAGAGAGAGUAGAGGAGAAAUGAAUGAAACACUGGUCUGACCCUGCUCAUUUAAAGUGCAUCCUGAAAGCAACACCUCAAGGCUAAAAUACAGUAUUUUAUGGCCUUUUUCUUGUAAAUCAGACAGACAGCUGGUGGUUGCUGGCUAGCCAAUGGGGCUGUUUGACAAGUUGGCCGGAUGGCUGGGGUUGAAGAAGGAGGUGAAUGUGCUGUGUCUUGGUCUGGACAACAGUGGAAAAACCACCAUCAUCAACCAACUCAAGCCCUCUAAUGCUCAGGCACAAGACAUCGUCCCAACCAUUGGCUUCAGCAUAGAGAAGUUCAAGACAUCCAGUCUUUCCUUCACAGUGUUUGACAUGUCUGGUCAAGGCAGAUACAGAAACCUUUGGGAACACUACUAUAAGGAAGGCCAGGCUAUCAUAUUUGUCAUUGAUAGUGCAGACAAACUGAGGAUGGUCGUAGCCAAAGAAGAACUGGACACAUUACUAAACCAUCCCGAUAUUAAACACAGGAGGAUUCCCAUCCUGUUCUUUGCCAACAAGAUGGAUGUCAGGGAUGCUGUGUCUUCUGUCAAGGUCUCACAGCUGCUCUGUUUGGAGAACAUCAAAGAUAAACCCUGGCACAUCUGUGCCACCGAUGCUCUGAAAGGAGAAGGUUUACAGGAGGGAGUCGACUGGUUACAAGAUCAAAUCAAAACAAUGAGAACGUGAGGGCAUGAGGUUGGACGCGCCGGAAGUAGCAGCAUCCAUGGAAGUCUUUUGUGAAAGACGGGUUGACCCUGUUUUCAGAGGUACCAUGGAAUAGUAAUGGUUUUAAUGGGGUGUUUAGAUGGUUCUUGGAUGUGUGUGGUUUCAAACAUGAUUUGAUUCUGCUGGUACAAGUAGUAACAGUAAAACUGCAUCCACCGACAGGACUGAGUCGAUGAGAAACAUUCAAAUUCAUUUUGGACAAAUUCUUACAUUUCCAUGCAAGCAUUAUGAGUUUGAAUACAGCUGUCCAAAGGGGCAGUAAAAUGUUAAAAAUAUGGAAGAUUCUAUUUCCACUUAUAAUAUCCCUCCCACUUCUUAAUGUAACAGGCUCACAGGGAUCGUGAUGAACCAUAGCUGCAUUUAAACAAUAUUUGUGUUUUGGUGCUGUCUUCAAUUUUAAAUACCUGGGAUGUUUUGAGAAAAGACAAAUUGUUGGGUGUCUGACAAAUGGUAUGUGCCACCUUCCCUGAAGAGAGCGUCCAAAAUCGCAUAGAAUGUACUACUAUGGGUACUAUCUUUCAAUAUACUUUUGUGUGAAUAAACAGUAGUAUGCAUCUUUUCGGA